ACAAAACGUAAUUUUUAAUUUUUACCAAAGAGAAGUAAGUUUUUGUAGAACCACUUUAGAACUAAGCUUAAAUAAAAUACCAAAUACCACUACUUAAUACUUAAUUCACUGUAGUAACAAAAAAAAAUAAUCCUAGAGGUCUAUAGUAUAAAAAGACUAUCAUUAGUUGAAGUAGAGAGAAAAUAAUCAUAGGUUCUUUACUAUUCUUUUUGUUUGUGCUUUUUUUUUUAUUUUGGUUAGUUGGUUUUCAACAGAGCCAUUUCUAGGAUAUCUGCCAUCUAGGUCUGAGAGUAAUUUGAUUACCAAGUACCAAUUACUUAUUACCAAGUUUUAAAUACAUCCUAUCAUAUUCUGAUUUAUUUAAAUACAUGAAAGGAUGGUUGACUUAGAAGAGAUAUCAAAAGUUUUAAAAGAACUCGAAAAUAUACAUUUAGCUGGUCCAGUAUAUGAAAAAGUUAGUCGUUUAAAAGCAGUUAUCAAUGCAGAAAAUAAUGAACUAGAUGCUAUAUACAAUCUUGUGGAAUCCCACUCCCCUGGUCUAAGAAACAAAACUGUUCUUAGAUAUGAAAAACUACUGAAAGACACAAGUACCACUUCGGAGAAUGCCUCUCAGCUGGAGUCGACCAAAGUGAGUUUAUCUAUCAAGUGUCCAACGUAUCCAAAUGAGAAGAAGGUAGAAGACAUGCUAAAGCAAAUACAAGAGAUGCCUAAAGAAUGGACAGUUAUUCAGCUUACUCCCCAAUAUAAUGCUAUGGAAUUAUUGAAUGAAGAUAACAAUGUUCAUUAUACAAAUGCAAUACACAUCACAUUCUUUAACUGUAAUAGUCAAGAUAAUCCAUUUUAUGUUGUAGCAGAUGCUCCCAGAGAUAAAAUAAAUGGUACAAAGAUUGAGUUGUGCGAAGAACUUUUCACAAUUUUACGUUUGCACAAGGAGGUGCUUUCAGGCCACAAUCAAAAAAGGUUCGCCAGUCACGCAGCCAAGAAUCAGUAUUAUAAACAGAUGCAAUCUGUUGAAGAUCGGCUUAAGCUACUCAUAAAAGAUAUGCAAAACUACUGGUUGAAGGAAUGGAAGUGCCUUUUUGCAGGAAAAUAUGACGAACAAAUUGAAUCUCAAAUUAAGCAAGAUAUUAAUCAAGAACUUACAGCAAAGGUUCCAGAUUUGCAACUCACCUCGAAGAUCGAAACAAUCCUAAGUUGCAGUGUGAAGAAUUAUCUCGGAUUGAAGAUAAAUGAGGUGAGGGAUAUUGUCCAAUAUUGCUUUCCGGAAAUUAAAGAUACAAAUUUAAUAAGAAUUAUUGUAAGUGUCGUUAGGACGAUAGGGGAGAAGUUCUACCUUCGCAAAGGUAGCACGGAGAAAAAACAUCCUGUCAUAUUAAUUGUACAUGAUAGUCUAGAUUAUUUCCCUUGGGAGCAAAUAGACGUCUUAGCAGACCAACCAGUGUAUCGACUGCCUUCUCUUCAUUUUCUUUACUGUCUCUUCAAAGAGCACGAGAGUGACAUAGUUGACGGUUAUAAGGUAGUAAGAAACUACGACCAAGGGCGCUACGUGGUGAAUCCCACCAACGAUUUACCCGCAAUGGAAACAAGGAUGAUGGCGUUUUUCAAUUACUGGCUGCCGACCUGGACUGGCAUCGUUGGUAAAAAGCCCAGUAAGGAGGAAUUUUUGGCAUUUUUGACUUCGUCUGAAAUAUUAUCUUUUAAUGGUCAUGGAAGUGGCAAUUAUUUAGUUUCCUCGGAACAACUCCAGAAAACCUUUGUAAAAGCGGUCGUGUUGCUCUUUGGAUGCAGUAGUUCCAGGAUAUAUAGAGCAGAUCCACAAACGGAGAUGUUUGGAGAUUAUUAUACUUAUCUAAUAGCUCGAUGCCCAUGUGUCAUAGGAAUGCUUUGGACAGUGACUGAUAAAUCAACGGAUGACCUGACCUCUGAUUUUUUGAGCUAUUGGAUACCUUCAAGCGCUCCUAAACACUGGAAACUUGUCAAUAACAACAAAUGGCACAAAGAAGGUGAAUUAGUGUUUCAGGAUCGGCCAAUGAAAGAAGAUGAACCAACUUGGGAGCCUGAUCUUCUACGUGCCUUAAUCCUAGCUAAAAAGAAUUUAUCCUUACUGAUGACCAAGGCAGCUUGUGUAGCAAGAGGCAUACCAGUGAAAAUUAUAAAAGAAUAGUACACCACGCUACUAGAUAAGUGCUCAGCAUCUGUGAUUUAAUUAUUAUAGCAUAGCAAUAGGGUAGCAAAAAUGAUUUAGUAUUUACAUUUAUAAUUAAAUAUUUUUUUUCAUUUAUAUUUUCAUAAUUUUCAUUUAUAAUUAAAUAAUUUUUCAUAAAAA